UCAGUCGAUUGCUGAGUCUCCGUUCGGUUGGUCGAGUUGUCUGCGAACUGUGAAAAAUAAUCGAAGAAAUCGAAAAAAUCGUCGUAAACCAAGGCGAAGUGCUAAUAAAACGAGCAAAAUGCGCUGCCUGGCAUUGAGCGUACUGUUUUUGUGCCUGGCUCUUGUGGGGCACUUUCAGCUGUCAGUUGCCUACAAGAGCGAGGUGCAAAUCACACCGGAUCCCCUAGACGCUGUGGAGACGACAACCAAGAAAUCCAGUUGGUUUGGCGGCUUCAAGAAGUUCUUUGGCAGUGAUUCCACCACCACGACGACCACCAUUGCUCCGCCAGCUGCCACUAGUGCAAAAUCAGUGGUAGUAACACCCACUGUGGCCCAUAAACCCCCGCCACUGGUCAUCACGCAUGCUCCACUGGUGCCAUUGGGUCCGCGACCAGAUACACCGGGAUCCUCGCCCUUUGGCGCCUCCCCACCACCGGCCAGUGGUCCCCAGUGGCCGACGACCAGCACAAGAUCACCGCAACCACCGCAGCAGCCACCGCAGCAGCCACCUCAGCAGCCCAUUCAAGGUCGUCCGCUGCAGGGAGGGACUGCAGCACCCAGUCUGCCACCUGGUUUUGCUCCCUACAGACCACAGAAACCCCAGCCGAACAGCUAUGACCUGAGCUAUGGUGGUGGUCCCGCAACGGGAGCAGGAACAGGGCGUCCUGGCUUUGGACUGGGCAUAAGCACCAGCUCCACCACAACUACGAGCACAACCCAGAAGCCCAUCACGAGCACCACAGGUAAGGCACCGCAGCAGAAGGAUGAGUUCCCAGUGCUGCCGGGACCACGAAGGCCAUCCCAAAAGGAGGACUUCCCCGCCUUGCCGGCGCCCAAGACACCACCAGGUUCGCCCACACCCACGCCGGCAUCUCCUUCGGCCUGGCAAUCGCCGCUGCCGACGCCCCAGCAUCCAGUGCAUCCGCCCACCAAGACCACACCAGUGCCCACACCCUCAUCCUCAUCCGCGCACACGCCCUCCGUUCCGCCCACACCCGCCCAUGGAGUGUCCUUGGGACCACACAAGGUCGAUGGCAGCACAACCACUGUGCGACCCGGUUUCCAGUCGUCGGGCAACUCGGUGGCCACCGACGACGAGAUCCGCCAGCUGACGGAGCAGCUGUACACCAAGGAGACCAACAACCAGAUCGGAAACAUCCAGGUGAACCUGCAGGGACGCACGCGAUCCAUCGACAGCGCCGAUGAGGCACCCAAUCCACUCCUAAAUGUGGACCCGAAGGCCCUGGAGUCCCCGACAAUCGCCAAAAUGCGGCUGUUGUUCAACAACUACGAGCACGACACCCAGGUCAACGAGCACGUGACCCCCAACGAGCGCAAGGAGGAGAACGAGUUCCUGGACGCGGUGAUGGCCACCCCGGUGAUGCGCCAGGCCAUGCUGUUCCUGCAGCAGAAGGGUGUGGUUGGUCCCGAUCCGAAGACGCACCGCGACCUGGUCAAGGAGCUCUGGUUCACACAGUACUCCCGCGGCAAGGGCAAAAUUGGCAGCUCCGGCUUCGAGCACGUCUUUGUCUACGAGGUGAAGGAGGGCACCAUCAUUGGGUUCCACAACUGGGUCUACAUUGGCGAUGAGGAGAAGGACGGCCGGUUCGACUACAAGGGUUACCUGAAGGAGCAGGACAUUGGCACGAAGGGAAAAAUUCUUAAGAUCCGGUUCUCGCACCAGGGACUCAACAAGCCAGUGAACACGGUCUUUGUGGGCACCUCUCCGGAACUGGAGCUCGCCCUGUACACGGUCUGCUUCCAACUGCGACCGGAUCGCACCUGUCCGGUGUCCCUGGGCAACAGCAAGUUCGGCAUCGUCACCUAUUCGUGGCGCUACCGUGGAAAGAACCUAAUUGGCAGUGCCUAUCCGGAGAUUUAAGGAAGCGAUCACCACUCGCUCCUCCCGUAGUCAUCGUAGCAAUUUUUUUUUCUGUCGCCCUAAUAAAUAAAUAAAAUUUGUGAAAUCUAUAA